CUUGUUUUAGGGCGUAAAGCUACGGCUUCGGAAGGGGGUCUCUCCCCUGCCGAGAACCGGGAAUCCUCCUCAGGCGGCGCGCGCGACCGGCCGGGGCGCCGCGGCCCGCGGACAAUUCCCUACGUGGACUGUGUUUGACUUGGAAUCUUCCCCUUUUUUCUCUGUUCAGCUUACUUAAGCAGAGGUUCAAGAACAGCAUUCAUAAAUUUCCAGAAUGGAGAUCUCCUCCCAUCAGUCUCACCUCCUGCAGCAACUCAAUGAGCAGCGCAGGCAAGAUGUAUUUUGUGACUGCAGUAUUCUUGUUGAAGGAAAAGUCUUCAAAGCACAUCGAAAUGUAUUGUUUGCUAGUAGUGGCUACUUUAAAAUGCUUCUUUCUCAGAAUUCAAAGGAGACAAGCCAGCCAGCCACUGCUACGUUUCAGGCAUUCUCCCCUGACACUUUCACCGUCAUCCUGGACUUUGUCUAUUCUGGCAAACUCUCUCUUACCGGGCAGAAUGUCAUAGAGGUGAUGUCCGCUGCUAGCUUCCUUCAGAUGACCGAUGUCAUUAGCGUAUGUAAGACUUUUAUUAAAUCUUCCUUGGACAUUAGUGAGAAAGAAAAAGAUCGCUAUUUCAGUCUCUCAGAUAAGGAUGCCAAUUCUAACGGUAUAGAACGUUCCUCUUUUUAUAGUGGCAGCUGGCAGGAAGAAAGCAGUUCUCCACAUUCUCACCUCAGCCCAGACCCAGGAGCAGGUAUAAUAACUGGAAAGUCGUGGAGUAAGUAUAAUUACCAUCCAGCCUCCCAAAGGAACACUCAACAACCUCUGGCCAAGUUUGAACAAAGGAAAGAUUCCAUGAAAAAGACCAAACAUUUGAGAUUGUCACAGCCGUCUGAAGCUGCUCAUUAUAAGUCAAACAAAAGAGAAGCACGGACAUCCGAUUCUUCCAGCCAUGUUUCCCAAUCUGAAGAACAAGCUCAAGCUGAUGCUGAAGUGGACUCUGCUCCUAUUGGCUAUCAGUACAGUCAAGGAUCUGAGGCCACAUCCAGGAGUUUUCCAGAUGAUCUGCCCAGGAUGCGAUUCAAGUGCCCAUACUGUACCCAUGUGGUGAAGCGGAAAGCAGACCUCAAGCGCCACCUGCGCUGUCAUACAGGAGAAAGGCCCUACCCAUGCCAAGCUUGCGGAAAAAGAUUUAGCAGGCUAGACCAUCUAAGUAGCCAUUUCCGAACAAUUCACCAGGCAUGCAAACUAAUCUGCAGAAAAUGCAAACGCCAUGUGACUGACCUAACAGGGCAAGUGGUACAGGAAGGCACCAGGCGCUACAGACUGUGUAAUGAGUGUCUUGCUGAAGUUGGCAUAGACAGCCUCCCCAUUGAUUUGGAAGCCGAGCAACAUCUUAUGUCCUCAUCAGAAGGAGAUAAGGAUUCCCGGUGGCACUUGAAUGAAGAUGAGAAUAGAUCCUAUGUGGAGAUUGUAGAGGAUGGGUCUGCUGAUCUGGUCAUACAGCAGGUUGACGACAGUGAAGAGGAAGAAGAAAAGGAAAUAAAACCCAACGUUAGGUAGCUGUGAUGUGAACCAACAUUGCUGGCAUGUCUGCAAUUUACACUGACUUCCUAUGUGCUCUCUUUCCAUGGUCAGAGUCUGGUUAACAUAUUUAUCAUACUGACUUACAAGAAAUGACCUGAUAUAACUUGCAUGCUUCUGAACAGGCCAUUGUAUCCAUUCAGAACUUUGCUGCUGCACUGGAAAGAAAGACCUAGCUUGACUUGGCAUGAUGGAUGAACAAGUAUCCUCUUACGUUAUUGCAGAGAUACCUUUUUUUUUUAAUAUUGAAAAAUCUAUUUAGCAAACUUUUUUCAAAGAAAAUAUUUUAAAUAAAUUUAUCACAACCAAAC